AGCAACAGAUCCUUAUGUGUUUGUUGUAACAGGCACGGUAUCAAAUGGAGGACUAGAUCCUCCAGUCAGUAGACUGGCGACAAAUGUGUCAGUGGACUUAAGCAACCCUAACAGCACAGAUGUUUCAUUAAUAACAAAUGUCACUGCAUCUACUACCACAGCAACAUCAACCACCACUGCAGCAUCUACAAACCUGACUCAGACUCCCUACAUGACCACCAACCUGAGUCAAACAGUACCCCUAAACACAACGGCUAACUUGACCCAGACACUUACGCCAUCCAUUAAUUUCACCCAGACUCAAACGGCACCCCUAAACACAACGGCUAACUUAAACCAAACACGUCCUCCUUUCAUGAACAACAUAACCCAAGCACCCAAUCCCAAUAUAACUACAUCCUCAAACAACUCUGCAUCAUUGAACAUCACUGCCUCAUCGAAUGUCACUGCAUCCUCAAACGGCACUACAUCAAACACGACCUCAGCCCCCAAAAUCACUGCAUCUUUGAACAUCACUGCAUCCUCAAACGGCACUACAUCAAACACGACCACAGCCCCCAAAAUCACUGCAUCCUUGAACAUCACUGCCUCAUCGAACAUUACUGCAUCCUUAAACGGCACUACAUCAAACACGACCGCAGCCCCCAAAAUCACUGCAUCCUCGAACAUCACUGCCUCAUCGAACGUCACUGCAUCCUCGAAUGGCACUACAUCAAACACGACCGCAGCCCCCAAAAUCACUUCAUCCUUGAACAGCACUGCCUCAGCAAAUGGCACUGCCUCCUCAAACUCCACUGCUUCCACGAACAGCACUGCAUCCUCGACUGGCACUGCAUCAAACACGACCGCGACCCCCAAAAUCACUGCAUCUACUGCCUCUGCAAUAUUGACAGUUAAUAGUGGUUUAACAAAUGACAAGGUCACCAAAGACAACUGUAAGAAGGACAGGGCAUGUUUCUCCACUCCAGCCAGCUGUGAUCCAACUAGCUCAAGUAGCUGCUUUUUCGCCUCCACAAGAGCGGUGAUCGGAAACCCCGACAAUCUGACUUUUGAGCUCAGUGGAGAUGCAAAUGGUUACAUCGCAGUUGGUCUGUCUCGAGACAAGAAGGAGGGUUAUGACGACACCGUCUACUCUUGUGCCAACAACAACGGUGUGGCGAAGUUCAUCCGUGCCACAAUGAAUAAUAGCAUUCUGACUCAGGAUGCAACUUUUAACCCUGGAUCCUUCCGUGGCAGUGUGAGCGGCACAAGAAUUCAGUGCAUUUUCAUAGCUGCAGGUCUCAGCAGCACCACGCGCCGCAAACACAAAUACUUUCCUCUAUUUCUUCACUGGCAACUACACAAAUGGCACUCUGGGGUCGCCUGUCACACUAAUGUCUACAAAUUCAUCGGUUGA